AUGGAUUUUAUAAAACACCUAAGUGACAAUGACAAGAUCCGUAAUAUAUGUAUUCUGGCCCAUGUAGAUCAUGGUAAGACAACAUUAGUUGAUAAUUUAAUUAGUUCAAAUAAAAUAAUAAGUGAGAAAAACAUUGGAAAAAUAAAAUACUUGGAUAGUAGAGAAGAUGAACAGAAACGUCAAAUAACUAUGAAAAGUUCUAGUAUUCUUUUAAAGCACAUUUAUAAUAAAGAUUAUUUAAAGGACAUGCUUAUUGAAAAUAAGGAUAAGAAUAAAAAGAAUAAUAAUUUAAACAAUAAUAAUGGUAUUUAUAAUGAACAUUCUGUUGAAAGGAAUAUUGAUAAUAAAAUUAAGGACAAUAUGAAUAGUGAUAAUAUAAAAAUUGGUGAUAAUAUAAAAAGUAGUGAUAAUAUAAAAAUUGUUGAUAAUAUAAAAAGUAGUGAUAAUAUAAAAAGUAGUGAUAAUAUAAAAUGUAGUGAUAAUAUUAAUAGUGGACUAAAUAUACCAAAAGAGGAGAAAAAUAAUAUGGAUACUUUUUCAAUAAAUAUAAUUGAUACACCUGGACAUGUGGAUUUUUCAUCUGAAGUAUCUACAUGUAUCCGUAUAUGUGAUGGUGCUUUAAUUUUAGUAGAUUGUAUUGAAGGGUUAUGCAGUCAAACAAAGAUUGUAUUAAGACAAAGCUGGAAAGAAAUGAUAAAAACUAUUUUAGUUAUAAAUAAAAUAGAUAAAUUAAUUACUAAUCAAAAUAUGGAUAGUAUAACUGCUUAUGAACAUAUUAAUAAUAUUAUUGAACAAGUAAAUGCUUAUAUUUAUCAAUUAUAUAUUGAAGAAAAUAUGGAUAAUGAAAAUGUUGAAACCAAAAAUGAAUUAGAGAAAUAUUCCUAUUCCCCUUUAAAAGGAAAUGUUUUAUUAUGUAGUAGUAUACAUUGUUGGUGUAUAGAUAUGGAUAUUUUUUGUUACUCCUUUUGUAAAAAAAUGAAUAUUGACACUUCUAAUUCGGAUAAAAUUAAAAAAUACAUGUGGAAUCAAUAUUACUUUAAUGUCAAAGAAAAAAAAAUAUUAAAAAUACCUAACGAGACAUAUACAAAAAAUAAUAACAACAAUAAUAAUAAUAAUAAUAAUAAUAAUAAUAAUAGUAAUAAUAAUAAUAAUAAAAAUAAUAGCUAUGCUAAUUAUAAUAACACAAAUGAUAACGAUUAUAAUAAAACAAAGAAAAAAAAGAAAAAUUUAUUCUCCCUUGUUGUACUAGAUUUCUUAUGGAAAAUAUAUGAUAUUACCAUAAUAAGUAGAGAUGAUGAACAAAUUAAAAAAUUGUGUAGAGAAUUAAAUAUAUGCGAUUCAUUUAUAAAUAAAAAUCAACAAAAUAAUUUAGAAAAUAAUACAUAUAUAUUAACUUAUAUUAUGUCACGUUUCCUAAAUUUAUCUAGAUCCAUAUUUAAUGCAUGUAUUGAAAUAUUCCCAUCUCCAAAAAAUAUUGAUGAAAAUAGACUUUUCAAAAUUUAUCCAUCAUUAUAUAAUGAUGAGAUAUAUAAACAUAUUAUAAACUGUUCUACACAAAAAUUUACAAUUAUCUAUAUAUCCAAAUAUAUAUGUGCAAAUUUACAAAAUAAUACUUUAGUUGGAUUUAAAGGAUUCUAUGAUAAAAAUACCUUUCUAUCAAUAUGUAGAAUAUAUUCAGGAAUGUUGUAUGAAAAUAUGAUUUUAUAUAUAUGUGGGAAAUCUACUAAAACUAUAAUCAAAAAAAUUUUUAUAUGUAUGGGCGGAGAUUUAAUACCCAUUCGGUAUGCAUAUGCAGGUAAUAUUGUGGCUCUAUAUCUUUCCAUAAUAUAUGACGAUAUAAACAAUAAUGUAGGAUAUAAUUAUUUAGAAAAUGAUGAGAUAACACGUGAUCUAAAUAAUAUAAAUAAUAAAAGAGAAGAAAGCCACUUUAUGUCAGAUAACGUACAUAUAAAUUGUAAUAAUAGUGUAGAAAAAAAUAUGAAAGAAACAAGUAAUCAUAAAAAUGAUAUAGAACUAAAUAAUAGUAGUAACAAUAGCAAUAAUAAUAAUAAUAAUAAUAAUAAUUUGUUUUAUAACAAAAAUGUGGAACAUCCAUUAAAUAGAAAUAAUAUAAAUAUGGAACAUAAUAAUGCAGGAGAUUUACAAUAUUUAUCAAAUACUUUAAUGAAUUUAAUAAAAAAUAAACGUAAUAAUAAAACAGAACAUAACAUAUUUUUAAUGAAUAAUGAUGGUAUAUUUUUAAAUAAAAAUAUUACCUUGUCAAAUUAUAAAAAUGCGGAUUCAUUUAUAUUACCAUUUACAGAUACAUGUUCUACUAUAUUGCACACAAUAAUUGAACCAAGAAAUAUUCAAGAUAUGAAUAAAUUUUUAUAUGGUUUAAUUUUAUUAUAUACAUGUGAUACAUCUAUAGAUAUAGAUUUUAAUGAAAAGGGGGAAUAUAUAUUAAAAUUUUGUGGAGAAAUACAUAUGCAAAAAUGUUUAUCCGAUUUUGUUAAUAUUUAUAGUAAUAUAGAAAUUAAAACUUCAGAUGCCAAUAUUUCAAUACGUGAAGGAAUCCAUGAAAAUUACAUAAAACUUAAAAGAAAAAAGAAUAAAAUACCUGAUAAUUUAAAAAUUCUAUAUGAUUACUAUUUAAAAGUACAAUCAACUGUAGGAGGAACGGAAUGUUCUCAAAAGAAUCCAGACAAUGAUAUAAAUAAUAAUAUGUUAUGUAAAGAUACUUUUAAAAAUCAAAAUGUAAUUAAUAUUAUGAAUAAUAAUAAUAUUGAUGAUAAUAUGGAUAAAAAUAAUUAUAUGAUUUCAGAAAACUUAUUUAAAAAUGUUCCUAUAAAUAAAGAUAAUCAUUUCUUAAAUAUUUUAUUUAAUUAUAAUAAUAAUACAAUAUGCCAUAAAUUAAAUAAUGAUGCUUUUUAUCUUUUCGUAAGUGUAUUAAAUAUGCCAGACAGUUUAUUAAACUUCUUUGACAAAAAUUAUUCGAACAUUCAAACCAUAUUAGAAAACAGAUCUAUAUCUCCACAAUUUUUAAAUUAUAAUAAAAAUGAUUUAUCUUCAAUAAAUGAAAAUUUUAUGUAUAAACAAUGUUUAAUUAAUCUGGAAAAAUAUGUAAAUGAAAUAUGUUUUUCAGACAAAAUGUAUUCUGAUAAUAUGACAGAUGAAAUUAUAAAGGAAGAUAUUCAAGAGGAAAACAAAGAUAAUAUGACAAGUAUUUAUGAAAAUAAAGAUAGUACUGAAAAAUUAAAUAUGUUAAAGAAAAAUAAAAAUUAUCACUUGGAAUUAUGGGAUAUAUGUGUACAAAAUGGAAGUAUUACAUUGUUAUAUUUAAAAAAAUAUUAUAAUAAAAAAAAUAAUAACGAGUAUUUACAAGAUAAUAUUUUAACGAAUAAUAAAUAUAGAAAGGUUAUAAAUGAUAGGUCGUUUAUAGAUACCUAUUUGUCGGAUAAUAAUAGUGAUAUAAAUAUAUAUUUGAAUAAUUUAUGUCUUGGAUUUAAAUUGGCAUCGAAAUAUGGUCCCAUAGCACAAGAGCCCAUAAGGGGAACACUCUUUAUUAUUGAGGGACUUAUUAUUGAUGAAGAAUCCAAAGAUGAAAUGUUCGAAGAUGUAAAUAGUAAUGAAGAAAAUACAGAAGAAAAAAUUAAUGCAGGUAAUAUCAUUGCAUUAAUGAAAGAGGCAUGUUUAAAUUCUAUGCAACAAAAUAAAUUAAGAAUAUUUGAACCUAUGUUAAGAUUAAAUUUGACAUGUGAAAGUACUGUAUUAGGAAAAGUGUAUAAUGUAUUAUUAAAAAGGAGAUGUUCUAUUUUAUCAGAAGAAAUAAAAGAUGGUUAUUUCUUAUAUUGUAUUGAUGCUUAUUUGCCUUUAUUCAAUUCUUUCAAAUUAGCAGAAGAAUUAAGAUCAAAGUGUUCUGGAAAUGUUAUUUAUGAUAUUCAAUUUAGUCAUUGGAAUAAAUUAAAUGAAGAUAUAUUUUUAUUAAAUGAUACAUCAACAUUUAUAUAUGAUGAGGAUUUUGAUGUCAAAUUAAUGGAAAAUACAGCAACCGAUAUCGUUAACUAUAUUAGGAGAGCAAAGGGAUUAGAAACAAAUGAAAAAAUUAUGCAAAAACCAGAAAAACAGUGUACCUUAAAGAAAUAG